CUGCGAGCCACUUAGAGCGCUCGGCGCGGACACCGGGGCCUGACGAUCCUACCCCGCGCCGCCCGCCCGCCGGGACGCGCACGCUGGCCCCGGGAAGGAGGUGCUGGGCCGUCGGACACACUCGCAACCCGCUCUGCACGAGGACCCUGCUUGUUGCCUCUCCCGCCCCUCCCGGGGAACCAGCUCGAGCCCAGCUUGAGCAAGGGACCUUGCAGCCACCACUGCCACCCGGGUUCCGUCGGGGGUGCACUGGGUCCGGGAAAGGCGUGUGGGCGCCGGCGGCAGGACCGGGAAGGAUUCUGGUCACAUUGGAGACUGGUGGUUUUCCAAAAGGAAAGGAGAAGCCCAUGAAAGGAUGGUGAAUUCUCUUUGAGUUUCAGUUAACAGGAUAAAAGGUCCCCUGCCUCUGCGGAAAUGUGACUGCCACAAAGGAGACCCAGCAGUCUGCAGGGUGCGCUGUGUGAUUCCUGGCAGAGGAGGAAGGAGUCCAGCUGGGGAGCAGUGGUUCUGAUGACCUAAUGAGGCCUCUGAGUAGGUGCCCUGAGGGAAGCUUUGCCUUCUGGUUUCCUUCCAGAGAGUUCAAUCAGAUAAGCUUGAAGACACAGAAGGCUGAGAUACCAUGAUUCUGAAGCCAGUUCACCUCUGAAGUCAUGGUUUAGCUGUCAGCAUUGAGAUUUCAACAAGAAAAACUUAAGCUUCAUUGGAUUCCCACAUCAAAGAAAAGCUCCAAGCUUUCAGAAAGAGCUCUUACUUGAGAAUAAAGAACAAUUUCCUAACCACAAAAGAGGACUCGAUGCUAAGCUCGGAUUUGUACCUCCAAAAGUUGCAGAAUUAAGGAAGCUCUUUGAACCAAAGAAACAAGAAAUUUUAAAAAUGAAAAGAAAAGAAAGAAUUGCCAGACGCUUGGAAGGAAUCGAAAAUGACGCCCAGCCGGUCCUCUUGCAGAGCUGCACGGGGCUCGUGACUCACCGCCUGCUGGAGGAGGACACGCCCCGCUACAUGCGCGCCUCCGACCCCGCGAGCCCGCACACAGGGCGAUCAAAUGAUGAGGAAGAAACUUCUAGCUCCUCUCUAGAGAAGCAAACGCGAGCUCAGUACGGCUCAGAAACCUCAGGCCUCCACGGUGGCCCGUCCUGCCGCCCAGGCGUCAUGGAUCUGCACGGUCCGGAGUCCAAGGCCGAGAGGAUCGCAAGGUACAAAGCGGAGAGGAGACGACAGCUGGCCGAGAAGUACGGGAUAACUCUGGACCCCGAGGAGGACUCUGAGUACUCGUUACGGUACUCCAAGCCCAGGAAGGACCCCGAUGCUGUUGACAAACGAGGAGGAAAAGCCGACCAGCAAGAAGAGUCAAGCACAGACUUGAGUUCUACCUACUCCAGGCCUGAGACCACGGGGCUCAGGACCGGUGUGGUCGAACCGGAGCACAGGGGCGACCUUUCUGACAAGGAGGUGCCUCUAGAGGUGCAAAGCCAAAGACGCGGGCAGGAGCUGAGUGCGCCUCGCAGAGCACCUGACCUCACUGACAGCUCCUCGUGCUUCUCCUUCUUCUCCGGGCGAGGCUCCUCCUUCACUGAAGUGCCAAGGUCCCCAAAGCAAACCUAUAGCCCCUCACUGCAGCAGUCAACAUCCCCGUGCCACUCCACAGGGGACCCAGAGACUCGAUCCAGUGCAGGGAAAGUGAAGCAUGAGUGGUUUCUCCAGAAAGAUUCUGAAGGGGACACACCUUCACUUAUCAACUGGCCCUCCAGAGUUAAAGUUAGAGAGAAACUGGUGAAAGAGGAGAGUGCCCGCAGCAGCCCUGAACUUGCCUCCGAGUCCUUCCCUCAGAGGAGACACCAGACAGUCCACUACCUGUCCUUUCAGUCAGAGAACUCGGCCUUCGAUAGGGUCCCACGCAGAGCAGGGAGCUCGAUGCGACAGGCCAGCCGAGCUUACAUCCAGCCAGCAGAUCCAGUUCCCGUUGCCAAGCUGGUGACAGCGGAAACCCCAGAAAGUGUGUCCGAGAGCAGCUGGGUGGGCUCAGUCACCCCGAAUGUCAUAAAGCCUCCCACCCCGAAGGUUCUAGAAGGGGAGAGAAGGGAUGCUCCAGUCCUCCAUGUCUGUGAACCAAAAGCAGAAGAAGAUGUGCUCUUCCCUGACACUCUGGAGAAAAGCCCAAAAGCCCUCAUGACCUUGGAGGAUGAGGGGCUUUCGAGAAGCCACAAAGAUGCCUCUGGGAAUGAAGACCUAGGCGGUACCCAUGUCACCUUAGAUGCUCAGAAGGAGCCACCAGCUCAGGACCAGCCCACCAAGCGGAUGGGCCGGAGCGAAGUGGUUUUGUACGUGCAGAGUGAGCCUGUGCCGAAAGAGGCCAAGUCCACUGAGCACAAAAAGGAAGUAGCUCCAAGGAAGCACAAGGUCCGCACCCGCUCCAUGUCUGACUACACGGGUCCCCGUCAUCUCCAGGCCGAGCUGGAGCUGCAGGCAUCCAAACCUGAAGCAGCAGAGCCUGGCAUGCUGGACACCAGGGUCUCUGUCGCCCAGCUCCGAAGUAUGUUUCUGGAGUCUGCCAGAGCCAGCAAGAAACCCGAACUCCAAACACGGGCUGAGCCGUCACCUGGAGGAGCUGGCUUGCCCACCGGUAUGGAGCAGGAGAGAGGGUCCCGGAAACCAAGACGCUAUUUCUCUCCUGGUGAAAGUAGGAAAACUUCUGAGAGAUUUAGAACUCAACCUAUAACGUCAGCAGAACGGAAGGAAUCAGAUAGAUACACUUCAAGUUCAGAAAUGCCAGCUGUUGAGGAUGAUGAGAAGGUGGAUGAACGCGCCAAGCUGAGCGUCGCGGCCAAGAGGCUGCUAUUCAGGGAAAUGGAGAAAUCGUUCGAUGAGCAGAACAUCCCAAAGAGACGCUCGAGACCCGCGGCCAUGGAGCAGAGGCUGCGCCGCCUGCAGGACCGGUCACACACACAGCCCAUCACCACCGAGGAGGUGGUCAUUGCAGCCACUGAACCUAUCCCUGCUUCACGUUCUGGGGCCGCCCACCCUGUCAUGGCGAGACUUCCCAGUCCCACUGUAGCUAGGAGCUGUGCACAGCCUUCCAGAUUGCAGGCAUCUGCUCACCAAAAAGCUUUAGCCAAAGACCAGGCAAAUGAGGGCAAAGAUUCCACUGAACCAGGAGAACCUGAUUCCUCCACUCUGAGCUUAGCAGAGAAGUUGGCCUUGUUUAACAAAUUGUCCCAGCCUGUCUCAAAAGCAAUUUCUACCCGCAACCGAAUCGACAUGAGGCAGAGGAGGACAAAUGCCCGCUAUCAGACCCAGCCAGUCACGCUGUGCGAGGUGGAGCAGGUGCAGAGCGGGAAGCUCAUCCCUUUCUCUCCAACUGUGAACACCUCUGUGUCCACCUCGGCCUCCACAGCCACCCCCAUGUAUGCAGGGGAGCUUCGGACAAAGCCACCUGCUGAUGACAAUGCAGGUGCCACUGACACGAAGUUUCCUUCUCCAAUAGAAAAUUCAGAUUCUCCAGCUAGAAGCAUUCUGAAGCCACAGGCGUGGCAGCCUUUGGUGGAGGGGAGUGGGAGCAAAGGAAUGUCGAGAGAAUGUGCAGAGACAGAUGGCCAGGGUGCUGUGACCGCCAGGGACAGCGGCAUUAAGACACACAAGUCCUCAGAGCAAGCAGAGCUGUCCUCUGCCUUCCUGGGCCGAGCCAGGGAAGGAGACGGCCACCAGGAAUUCAAGCAGGCUCCAGGGAGCCUGGAGCUCGCUGCUGCCCCUGCUGCCCACCGUGGUGAUGAACUGAAGGAAUUUUCCACUGGGAAAAGCAGCACGCAAGGAAUCCUGGGCCUGGAGGACAGGCCGCCUUUUGAAGACAGGGUGGAUGCAGAGAAUGCCCCGAAAAGGAGGUUUUCACUCAGAGCAGCAGAGUUCGGGGAGCCUGCUUCUGAGCAGACAGGAACAGCCACCACUGGGAAGCCCAGUGCUCCGGUGGCAACCCCCAGUUCCUGGAGGCAGCAGGAUUCCUCAGAGCAGCUACAGGAGAAGUACUACAAGAGCCCAAGUGCCAUGUUUGCUGCUGGAGAGAUCAAAGCACCAACAGGAGAGAGCAGCCUUGACUCACCCAGCAAAACGAUGUCCAUCAAAGAGAGACUAGCACUGUUGAAGAAGAGUGGCGAGGAGGACUGGAAGAACAGACUUAACCGAAAGCAGGAGUACAGCAAAGUGUCUGCAACCAGCAGCCUGCAGAUCCAGGAAGUGGAGCAGUCACUUAAAAAGAAGGAAGAAGGAGGAUUUACAGAUGAUAAUGCCAUGUCUAAUCUGCUCUGGGAACCUGUAUAUGCUUCUACUUAUUCUCCUGCUAUACCUGCUGCCCAUAAAUACCUGUCUUUUGUAUCUAUUAAUCAGGUUGUGCCUCUUCCAGAAUGUCACAGAGUUGGAAUGACACGGGUCACAGAAACUCGAGAGAGCCAGAUGACGAUUGAGGAGCGGAAGCAGCUCAUUACGGUGAGAGAAGAGGCCUGGAAGACGAAGGGCAGAGGCGCUGCCAAUGACUCCACCCAGUUCACUGUGGCUGGCAGGAUGGUGAAGAAAGGUUUGGCGUCACCCACAGCCAUAACUCCAGUAGCGUCCCCUCUGGGCAGCAAACCGAGGGGCACUACACCAGUUUCCAAACCAUUGGAAGAUAUUGAAGCAAGACCAGAUAUGCAGUUGGAAUCAGACCUGAAGCUGGACAGGCUAGAGACCUUUCUAAGAAGGCUGAAUAACAAAGUUGGAGAAACAGUACUGACUGUCACUGGGAAAUCUGUUAAGGAGGUGAUGAAGCUGGAUGAUGAUGAGACCUUUGCCAAAUUUUACCGCAGCAUGGAUUAUAACAUACCAAGAAGUCCCGUGGAGCUGGAUGAGGACUUCGAUGAGAUUUUUGAUCCUUACACACCCAAAUUGACAUCCUCCGUGGCAGAGCACAAGCGUGCCGUUAGGCCCAAGCGCCGGGUGCAGUCUUCCAAAAACCCGUUGAAGAUGCUGGCUGCGAGAGAGGACCUCCUCCAGGAGUACACAGAGCAGAGGCUGAAUGUCGCCUUCAUGGAGUCCAAGCGAAUGAAAGUGGAAAAGUUGUCCUCCAACUCCAACUUCUCAGAGGUCACUCUGGCAGGCUUGGCCAGUAAGGAAAACUUCAGCAACGUCAGCCUGAGGAGCAUCAGCCUGACCGAGCAGAACUCCAACAACAGCUCAGUGCCCUACAAGAAGCUGAUGUUGUUACAGGUUAAAGGGAGAAGACAUGUGCAGACAAGGCUGGUGGAGCCCCGUGCCUCCUCCCUCAACAGUGGGGACUGCUUCCUCCUGCUGUCUCCCCAGAACUGCUUCCUGUGGGUGGGAGAGUUUGCAAAUGUCAUUGAAAAGGCAAAGGCUUCAGAACUUGCAACUCUAAUUCAGACAAAAAGGGAACUUGGUUGUAGAGCUACCUACAUACAAACCAUUGAAGAAGGAAUUAAUACACACACGCAUGCAGCCAAAGACUUCUGGAAGCUCCUGGGUGGCCAAACCAGUUACCAGGCUGCUGGUGACCCAAAGGAAGAUGAGCUGUAUGAGGCAGCCAUCAUAGAGACAAACUGCAUUUACCGUCUGACAGAUGACAAGCUUGUCCCUGAUGACGACUACUGGGGCAAAAUUCCCAAGUGCUCCCUUCUGCAACCAAGAGAGGUCCUGGUGUUUGAUUUUGGUAGUGAAGUUUACGUGUGGCAUGGGAAAGAAGUCACAUUAGCCCAAAGAAAGAUAGCAUUUCAGCUGGCAAAGCACUUAUGGAAUGGAACCUUUGACUAUGAGAACUGUGACAUCAAUCCACUGGAUCCUGGAGAGUGUAACCCGCUCAUUCCCAGAAAAGGUCAAGGGCGGCCUGAUUGGGCAAUAUUUGGGAGACUGACAGAACACAACGAGACUAUUUUGUUCAAAGAGAAAUUUCUUGAUUGGACUGAACUGAAGCGGCCUACUGAGAAGAACAAUGGGGAUCUUACCCAGCAGAAGGAAGACCCCAGGGCUGACAUCAAGCCCUAUGACGUGACGCGGAUGGUGCAGCUGCCCCAGGUGAUAGCCGGCACCGUCCUGGACGGGGUAAACAUUGGCCGCGGCUAUGGCCUGGUGGAAGGAGACGACAGGAGGCAGUUCGAGAUCGCCAGCGUGUCUGUGGACGUCUGGCACAUCCUGGAGUUUGACUACAGCCGGCUCCCGAAGCAGAGCAUCGGGCAGUUCCACGAGGGUGACGCCUAUGUGGUCAAGUGGAAGUACAUGGUGAGCACUGCAGGAAGGAGACGGAGUCUGAGUCCCAGCACAGGAUUUGGGGUGACAGUGGGAAGCAGACAGAAGGGAGAGCACGCGCCCCGAGUGGCCGGCAAGGAGAAAUGUGUCUAUUUCUUCUGGCAAGGCCGGCACUCGACUGUGAGUGAGAAGGGAACCUCAGCCCUGAUGACCGUGGAACUGGAUGAGGAGAGGGGCGCCCAGGUCCAGGUCCUGCAGGGGAAGGAGCCGCCCUGCUUCCUCCAGUGCUUCCAGGGGGGGAUGGUGGUGCACUCGGGGCGCCGCGAGGAGGAAGAGGAAAACUCGCAGAGUGAGUGGAGGCUGUACUGUGUGAGAGGAGAAGUGCCCGUGGAGGGGAGCUUGCUGGAGGUGGCCUGUCACUGCAGCAGCCUGAGGUCCAGGACCUCCAUGGUGGUCCUCAACGUCAACAAGGCCCUGAUUUACUUGUGGCACGGAUGCAAAGCGCAGGCCCACACGAAGGAAGUGGGAAGGACUGCAGCGAACAAAAUCAAGGAGCAAUGCCCCCUGGAAGCCGGAUUGCAUAGUAGCAGCAACGUGACAAUACACGAAUGUGAUGAAGGAUCUGAGCCGCUGGGAUUCUGGGACGCAUUGGGAAGGAGAGACAGGAAAGCCUACGACUGCAUGCUUCAAGAUCCUGGGAGUUUUAACUUCGCACCGCGCCUGUUCAUCCUCAGUAGCUCCUCCGGGGACUUCGCAGCCACCGAGUUCGUGUACCCUGCCCGCGCGCCCUCUGUGGUCAGCUCGAUGCCAUUCCUCCAGGAGGACCUGUACAGUGCCCCGCAGCCAGCCCUCUUUCUCGUGGACAAUCACCACGAGGUUUACCUGUGGCAAGGCUGGUGGCCCACUGAGAACAAGAUCACAGGCUCCGCCCGCAUCCGCUGGGCCUCAGACCGGAAGAGUGCCAUGGAGACCGUGCUCCAGUACUGCAAAGGGAAGAACCUCAAGAAGCCGCCCCCCAAGUCUUACCUUAUCCAUGCUGGCCUGGAGCCACUGACCUUCACCAACAUGUUUCCCAGCUGGGAGCACAGAGAGGACAUUGCGGAGAUCACAGAAAUGGACACAGAAGUAUCCAAUCAGAUCACCCUGGUGGAAGACGUCUUAGCCAAGCUUUGUAAGACCAUUUACCCACUGGCUGAUCUCCUCGCCAGACCACUGCCAGAAGGCGUCGAUCCUCUAAAGCUUGAGAUUUAUCUCACUGAUGAGGACUUCGAGUUUGCAUUGGACAUGACAAGAGAGGAGUACAGCGCACUGCCUGCCUGGAAGCAGGUGAACCUCAAGAAAGCGAAGGGCCUCUUCUGAGCUAGAUGAACCCCGCGGCCCCAUGGCAGCAUUUUCAGUGCCGAUGCACCAGAAAACCCGAGGUCUGGGGGACUGUUUCAUUUUUAAAGUGUUCUUAAAUCGAAGUUUUUCCAAACUUGACCUUAUAAUGAUUCUGCUUGUCGCGGAGUUGUGUAUUUUGUAAAUGUCUAGGAGGACUCUUUGGAAACUUGCUUUCCACAAUUCUGCGGGCGAUGUCAAUAAAAGUCUGCAUCAGAUGCACUUCCACAGCGAUCCCUCAGUGGCCGUGGCUGCCUGCCCUUUUGUUCCAGCUAGGCAUUGCCUUUGUACUUUUCUUUUUUUGAAGCAGUUCUCUUUAUAAAGUGUUAUUUUGAUAGUUUGUGAAUUCUAAAAUAUAUAUAUAUAUAUAUUUAUAUAGACACCAUAUAAAUCAACUAUGUAUUUAACAAAGCAAUAUGUAUUCAUUCACUUUUAAAUUUUCUCUCUUUUUUGGUGUCAAAAGAUUGUUACAAGGUAGUGGGAAUGGCUUCCCUUGAAUUCGGUCUGCCGCCCACCUGUAGUUUCGUACACGUUCAGAAGCUUCCUUCUGAGUUAGGCUGACUUGCUCUGAAUGCUGCUUCCGGUGCUAAAACGAACAGAGAAUUUGUACUUACUGGUGUGGACUCUGAAGAAUCUACAUGAAUCAACCUUUCUACCUUAUCUCCCCCCAAAUGUAUAGUGCCUUGUUUUUAUGUACAGUUUAUAUACAGAAAAGUUUGCUCUGCAUUUAUGAUGCUGGUGGAGAACAUUGCUUACAGUUUUACUGUCAAAUAGUGGGAAUAAAAACAUCUCAAUUUGUAAAACCAGUUGUAAACAUUACACAUCAUUUUGUGACCUAGGCUUCCAAAAUAAAAACUUCGGAAUAAUCACAA